GAGUGUUGGAGUUGUGUGCAGUGAUACUGCCGUGGGUACGCGAAUCGAAUAAUUAAUAUUUUUUGUGACCGAAUUAAAAUACUUGUGUUUUUAAACGAACUAGUUGUACUAACGACUGUUAUUAAUUUUAUUAAUAAUAAGUUUUAUAUGUUAUUUAAGUAUUAAAUGGGACUUGUGCUGUACUGGCUCUGGUGUCAUUAGUGAGAACAUUAUUAAAACUGUCGGCAGAGUUCUCCUUAGCUCCGUUGUGAUUUAAGGCCGGUGAACAUUAUUUUGGAUUAGAAGGAUUACAACGAUCUUAAAAAAUGACGGAUACUAGCCAGGCGGAGCUUCCGCCUCAAACCAACGGUGUUAUAGAUGGACUGGAUGACGAUGAAAGAGCCAAAAUGAGACCGGUUGAUAUCGACGCUGACGUCAGAGAGAUGGAGAGGAGAAAGAGAGUGGAAAUCAUAAUGAACAGCAAGGUAUUUAGGGAAGAACUUGAAAGAAUAAUCGAAACACAAUUGAAAGACGGCUCGGGUCCAAGCGGAUUAUUGCAGCAGAUUUCGGAUAUGGUGGGAGUCAAUAAACAAGCAGGAAAUGUUUUCAAAAGCUCGAAUUGUGUAAUACCGAUUAAUGACAUAAGAGGAAUUGAGGCCAUGGGGUAUUCUAAAGGAGAGAAAAUAUUACGAUGCAAACUGGCUUCUUUGUACCGAUUGAUCGAUUUGUAUGGUUGGGCUCAUGGAUCCACAACUUUAAUAACUGCCCGGUUGAACCAAGAUGACGAACAGUUCUUGGUCAACCCUUACGGAAUGCUCUUUCACGAAGUUACUGCCUCUAGUUUAAUAAAAGUAGAUAUGCAAGGUGGUGUCAUAGAACAGGGCACCACAAACUUCUCUGUCAAUAUCACAGCGUUUUCACUACAUGCCGCAGUGCACUCCUCACGACCUGAUAUCAAAUGUAUUAUUCAUAUCCACACACCUUCGGUUAUAGCAGUCUCUUCUCUUAAACAGGGCCUCAUGCCGUUGAGUCAGGAAUCCGUAGUAAUAGGAGAAGUAAGCACACACACUUACCUCGGCGGUUAUCUCGAUCCCGAGGAAAAAGACAAAUUAGCUAGGAACCUGGGACCGAUCAAUAAAGUUCUACUUUUAUCUAACCAAGGAGCGCUGUGCUGUGGGGAGACGAUCGAAGAAGCCUUCUACAAUGCCAGAAAUACCGUCCUUGCCUCUGAAUCCCAGCUCAAACUACUUCCAGUAGGGAUAGAUAAUUUAAUUUUACUAAACGACGAGAUUAGGAAGAGAAUUUACGAUGCAGCUCAUAAAGCACCAGAGAGCACGCCUAGACCAGAUCAGCCAUCGAUUUUAGAAGGGAAGGUGGAGCGCAAAUGGAGAGUUGGCGGUGUGGAAUUCGAAGCGCUCAUGAGAAUGUUGGACAACGCUGGAUUCCGCACAGGAUAUAUUUACAGGCAUCCUUUGGUUAAAGGAGAACCACCGCGACCAAAGAACGACGUUGAAUUACCCCCGGCAGUUUCAUCCCUGGGAUACCUGUUAGAAGAGGAGGAGCUUUAUCGACAAGGACUCUGGAGGAAAUUGGAGGGCGGAAAGAAGGGACACGAUCGCAGCCGUUGGUUAAAUUCACCCAACACUUACCAGAAGGUGGAAAUAUUGGAAACUGGAACUCCUGAUCCCAAAAAAAUUACAAAGUGGGUUGCGGACGGAUCUCCUAGCCAUUCCAGUACACCGGUGAAAAUUGAGUCAGCUCUCCAGUUCGUUCCUAAAAAUACUAAUCCGAAGGAAUUUAAACAAAAGCAGCAGCAGAUUAAAGACUACCGAAGGGCAGACAAAAUUUCUGCGGGCCCUCAGUCUCAUAUAUUAGAGGGCGUGACAUGGGAAGAAGCGAGGAAGAUGCAAGAUGCAACAGUUACUCAAACCGGGGAUCACGUGGUUCUCAUGGGGGCAGCUUCAAAGGGUAUCAUUCAGAGGGGCCAUCAACACAAUGCCAUGGUGUAUAAGUCUCCUUAUGCUAAGAACCCAUUUGAUUCCGUUACAGACGAGGAACUUGACGAGUACAAAAAAGUUGUCGAGAAGAAAGUUAAAGGCGAUUACGACACCGAUUUUAGUGAAUCAGAAGGACUGUCUUCGGCCCAGAUGAAUAAAAGGAUGGAUGACAUGAACAUUACUUCCCCUGUUUCUAUCACAAGUGAAACAGAAGAAGAAAGCCGAGAUGAACCUCAAAUCCUUCGGAUAGAAACAAAGACAGCUCCAAGACCAAGCCAACCAGAAGUAGUUCUUAGUGAUGUUGAGGCUUCUCCAGUAGAAAAUUUCCUAAGAGCUGAACGAGUUUCAGUAAACAGCUAUAAAAGUGAGAAUACUGUAAACGGAGACCAAUCAGAUGCCCACAUGAGUACUCUUUCGCAGAGUAGUAAAGAGGAUCACUCCAUUUCUGAGGGCUCUCCUAAAAAGGAUAAGAAGAAAAAGAAAGGUCUUAGAACACCAUCUUUCCUUAAAAAGAAAAAGGAAAAAAAGAUCCGGGAAGCAUAGGUACCUAUUGACUCCGACAAAUUCAAAUUAUAAAUUGCCUCCAUUGAGACUGCCAGCGACUCAUUUUAGUUUAGUUCGGGCGCAGCGGCUACAUUUUUUGCACUAAAUGUGACAGUGGACUGCAAUGGUCUAAUUUAAAAUAUAAAUUAUAUUUUAGCUUUAUCUGUACAGGAACCUAUAAAGAUUUAUUAUUAUUAUAAUUAUAAUUAACUUUCAAAGUGCGAAAUAUAAUGGUGGAUUAAUAUAUUAUAGAGAAUAAACAAAAUAAACAAUUCAAAUGUUUGUAAAUCUGCUUUCAAAAUGUACAUGUUACAUCGACUGACAUCACCUUCGUAAAACUUUAUUUGGAUUGUUUAUUCUGUGCAAUAAUAGCUAUUUUUAUUUAUGUAAAUUUUUAGCUCCUAUGCUUUUUAUCUUUGAUUUUGCAAUUAUGAUUGUUAUUAUUAGUUGUGCAAAUAGAGUAUAUUUACUUUUUAAGGCCAUAAUUUUAUUUUUCAUUCAUGUUGGGAGUGGGAGCACAUAUUUUCUAACUAUUGUUUCUACUAUAUAAUACAUUUAAUAAUUUGCACAAAGUACUCUUUUUAUAUGUUUUCUUAAUAUUUAAGAAAUAAACAGCUUUUUCUUGCUAUUUAGUUGUAGUUUUUUUUUGUGUAGUGUUUAUUGUUACUUUUUUAAAAUUGUUUUAUACACCUUGCUUAGUCGUGAAUAGAGUUUGAAAUUUUAUACAAUAAAUAAAAUAUACACUUGCGUUUGGAGUGAAUCAAAAUUUUUAUUUUAUAAGUACUUUAAAAGUACAGCAUGUAAUAUUGUUCUUUUAAAGUACUUAUUUUAAAAAAAAUUAAGACCGUUCUCAAAUUAAAUUAUUUUGAUAUUUAUGUU